AUGGGUGGCUCGACACAAAGGCUGCUCGGCCUGUUGGCCUCAGCCUCUAUUAGCUUGAGCACAGCUUCGGCAGCAUCCCUUAGCAGUGUCUGCACGACGGAUUACAUCUCGUCAGCUCUGCCUUCAACCGAUUCCGACAUUCCCGAAGGUAUCACGUUCGACUCGACGUCAGUGACCGCCAGCGUUUAUACCAACUACAGCGUGACCGAUGCAACGUUCUGGCCUGACUCCAUUGUGGAGUUUUGCGAGGUGUCUUUUGCAUACAGUCACCAGAACCUCGACGACCAGCUCGUGGUUACUUACUACAUGCCGAGCCCUGAUGCAUUCGAGAAUCGGUUCCUGGCUACUGGUGGCGCAGCCUAUACCAUCAACAACGGAUCUGGCGGGGCUGACAUGACCGGAGGUGUCUCUCUUGGUGCUGUGUCAGGUUACACCGAUGGAGGUAUGCCAUACUACGGCGGCACCAACUUCGACGAUGUUUUCCUUCUGGGCAACGGCACUGUCAAUUGGCCCAUGGUGUACAAUUGGGGCUACCGAGCCAUUGCCGAAAUGACCCAGAUUGGCAAGGUCUUUACCAGCAACUUUUAUGGCACUACAACGACCAAUUCCUCAACUGCUAGCAGCAAGCUGUAUACCUACUAUACAGGCUGCUCGGAAGGUGGCAGGGAAGGAAUGAGCCAGGUCCAACGUGCCCCCGAGUUGUACGAUGGCAUUAUUGCUGGUGCGCCAGCAAUGCGUUACGGACACCAGCAGAUGAAUCAUCUCGUCGCCCCCGUCCAGGUCGAGACCAUCGGCUACUAUCCUUCGACCUGCGAGUUCGAUACCAUCGUGAAUGCGACCAUGGCUGCUUGUGACGCUUUGGACGGCAAGGCGGAUGGCGUCAUCGCACGCAGCGAUCUCUGCAGCCUUGAGUUCAACAUCUCCAGCCUAAUUGGUACACCCUACUCGUGUGCCGCCGGGUCUUCGACAAGCCUGGGUUUGGGCUACGGAAAGAGGAAUGCCAAGAGACAAUCCACCUCCGCGACUCCAGCGGUCAACGGAACCUUCUCGACAGAAAGCAUCCUCGUUGCGCAGACCCUGCUGGCCGGCCUGAAGGACUCCGAGGGUCGCCAGGUCUACCUUCCCUUCCAGCCAGCUGCUGGCUUUGGUGACCCAACCAUCUAUGAUAGCGACACUGACAGCUGGACAAUCACCAACCCCGACUCCAACGGCGAGUGGGUCACCAAGUUUCUUGACUGGCAGGACAUUGACUCUCUGGACCUGACCAACGUAACAUACGACAACUUGAGAGACUGGAUGAUCAAGGGCAUGGAGCUUUACACCGACUCCCUCCAGACCACCCUGCCCGACCUCACUCCCUUUUACAAAAAGGGUGGCCGCCUGCUUCACUACCAUGGCGAGGCCGACACCAGCAUUCCCCCAACUUCUUCAAUCCGCUACCACGAGUCAGUGCGCAGCAUCAUGUACCCAGACAUGUCGUUCGAGGACGGCAAUGCGGCGCUGAACGAGUGGUACCGGUUCUACCUGGUUCCGGGCGCAGCCCAUUGCGCCACCAACGAUCUGCAGCCCAAUGCCCCGUUCCCUCAACAUAACUUUGCCGUCAUGAUUGACUGGGUCGAGAAUGGUGUUGAGCCGACCACCCUCAACGCUACUGUCAUCGACGGCGACCUGGCGGGUGAGACAGGCCAGAUCUGUGCGUGGCCCGCGCGCCCUUACUGGACGGACAACAGCACCAUGCAGUGCCAGUCCAACCAGUCUUCCAUCAGCACUCUGUUGUACGACCUGGACGCGUUCAAGAUGCCUAUCUACUAA